UUUUCCUAUUUACAUUUGGUGGCUUUACCCUCGGCCACACGGCCUCUAUACUGCAAGCGCAGCAGGGCCGCAUCGAGACGGAAGAGACUUGAAUGUGUGGCGAGAGACUCUGAGCCGGUGGCAUUGCUUGCCUUGCUUCCCCUAAAUCUCGAUCACGAUGGAGGGGUUGCGAGGGGCACUGCUUCGGGCAACUCCUACGUUGCGCUGAUGACACCAAAAUACUUGUGCUUAGAGCAAUGUACUUCAGUGUACGCUCGAUGAAUGCCAUCUAUUCAUAGACUACAACGGUAUCUGAGCAAUGACAACCCAAAUCAAAUUCUGGCACUGGCGCAGUUUCCUGCUUACUCGCAGAGGGCUAACUGUUGGCACUGACAGGCCGAGAUGAGGCGCGCUGGACAUGGCUGAAACCACGACACUUACCACAGCACACGCUGCUGGCAGAGAUGCCAGCACGGCCGCUGGAACGGCCUCGACGGGCAGCCUCGAUGGUGAGAAUCAGCCGACCGUUGCCGAGCGAGGGUCCCCACCGAAGGCACCCUUGAGUCAAAUCUACGCUCUCCCUGCUCCCAUCCGAACAUUCCCUCUUCCCACGUUUUAUCCAAACAACCCCGUCUCCCUUAUCCAUCUGGUCUACGCGUGGCUCGGCCAGAUUUUUCGACCGCCUCCACGCGAGCCGUCAGUGGUGCACGUCGGGUUAUGGGAUGCUGAGACAAGGUCGGUACAUGUCACAGACCCUACCUCCAUACGGGCACUCUGGGAGCAAGGAUUCUACGGCAAAGGGAGCCUCAGCAGAAGCGAGCCGAACUGGCUGAAAAGAGAGCUGGCUAGGCGGGGCUCCCCAGAAGGAAAGACCGUCAGCGAAGCACGCACCGAGUUGCGGCGAGAGGAGCGUCGCCUCGCAAAGUGGGAGAGAGCUAAGGCGGAGCUGGAGGCCAUUGAAAGACAGAGGCUUGCGGAAGCGGCAGCCCGGGCGACGGCCACCAAACCGAAUGAUCUCAAUGGGGAUUUGAGCAAGCCUGCCGGUGGUCCAGGUCCACUGCCAUUCCUCAAUGGGAUUGAAUCUCCGGUUACCGAACCGAGGUUGGCAGAUGCUGGUGGUGUAGAGGAGACUGCGCCCGUCGCCGAAACUACCCGAGCACUUCAGCUCCAGGGCCGUGCGACGCGCUGCCUAGAGCAGUUCAGAGCGCCCGUCGGUCCAGCAGAACUGCUAGCCCUCCCUAACUCAUUGGUGAAGCCAGAUGCAAAGCCCAUCAGCCCCAAUAACUUCCCGGAACCUAAAGCGCCAGUGGGUCCCGCGGAACUGCUGUUGCUCCCAAAUUCCCAUUCCGAUCUGGUCUCCAGGUCGGUCAAAAGCCGCCCUCUGUGUGAAAGUGGAGAGCGCACGAUGGGACAGUCAACGCUGCAGGCCUCCCCUGACUUAUACGGUCAUACAGACGACAAUGCUACCAAGAGUCAUGGCGUACCCAACGGUGUGGUCAAUGGCAAGGGGCACCCGACCAAGGCAAGUGCCUCGGCUGAGAACCAUAAAGUGGGCAAGUUGUCCAGCGAAAGGACGCAACUCGAUGGCGUCACCAAUGGUACUACUUCACCACGCUCCGUACCCUCUCCCAACGACUCUGCCGCAGAACCCAAUGGGCUACAGGCUCUGAAGCGCCGAAAGAGCGUCCGCUUUUCGCCUACGGUUGAGUCAACCACGUUCUUAGAUUCUGACCCACCGAGCCCGGGUCGCUCAGCGAACGCUUCGUUGAGGAGGGCGGUGGCCGCGUCAUCUAAUGGACAGGCAGUGAAGAAGCCGACGGUUUCCUCGACGGUUUCCUCGACGAUUCCUACAGCUGUGGUGUCUGGAUCUGAAAGCGCUCCAGGAGUGCCUCUGCACAGCCCAAGUAUGCCGACUGAGCUUGUGAACAAAGAGCACUUUCAGCUUGCACCGGAAGAAGCGUUUUUCCUGGUCUUCUCACUCGGGGUACUGAAGGUUGUGGACCCUGUGACCGGCUCCCCCAUUGCCACAGAACGCCUUCUAUUCCUCUUUCGCUCGUACUCAUAUUUCCCGCCUCGGUCGCUCGAUUCCGGCCUCAGGGCCGACGACCCGUUCCUCGUGAACUACGCUGUGUAUCACCACUUCCGCUCACUCGGCUGGGUGCCGCGCCACGGCAUCAAAUUCGGCGUCGACUGGAUUCUAUACCAGCGGGGCCCUGUCUUUGACCACAGCGAGUUUGGCAUCAUGGUCCUUCCCUCUUACUCACACCCCUCCUGGGCGGACCAUCAACACGAGGAACCCAAGCGGUCUUGGUCCUGGUUGAUGGGGGUCAACAGGGUGCUCUCGCACGUCCUCAAGAGCCUGGUGCUCGUUUACGUUGAUAUCCCACCACCGACGGAGUUUGCUGAGGAGAUGGAGCGUGGUGGGAUCGCAACGGCAUUAAAGAAGUAUACGAUCCGGGAGGUUAUGGUUCGGAGGUUCUCGGUCAAUCGGAAUCGGUGAUGUUCGGAGUCUGUAGGAGGCUUGGGACAGGGCACUGUUGCAUGGGCAUGAGCAUGGCGACGGCGUUGGGUAGAGUUAUGUUGCAUAGGUAAGGUGUUUGAUACCUCGACGGUUUGAUCAAUAGACCUGUGCUCUCACAUGGCCGACACGCUCCUGCGGCAUAAAUACCCACCGG